AUGCGUCGAGUUCGUCAGUUCCAAGUUGCACCUACCCACGUCAAGCUGGUCCUUCUUCGUGCGCUCUCGGCCACACAUGAAGAAGGCUGCUGUCAUGGCGAACUUGACCACACCUAUGCCGAACUCCAGAGAAUCGAAAAAGAAACAAACCAAAAGGCGGAUGCUCUCAUCAUAUGCGGAGAUUUUCAGGCCAUUCGCAAUCAAGCAGAUCUCCUCUGCAUGGCCGUCCCUCCCAAGUAUCGUCAGCUAGGACAGUUUCACAAAUACUAUACAGGAGAGAAGACGGCCCCCGUGCUCACACUCGUAGUGGGAGGAAACCACGAAGCCUCCAACUACAUGUGGGAGCUCUAUCACGGUGGAUGGCUUGCGCCGAAUAUCUACUAUCUUGGAGGAUCAAACUGUGUCCGUCUCAAUGGUGUACGCAUUGCUGGUUUCUCUGGGAUUUACAACUCGCACCACUACCAUCUUGGUCAUUUCGAGCGUAUUCCAUAUGAUAAUUCCACCCUUCGCUCCGUAUACCACGUUCGUGCUCACGAUGUGUGCAAGCUAUCCCUCCUCACGCCUGAUGUGGGUAUUUGCAUCUCGCACGACUGGCCAGAAGGCAUCUAUGAGCAUGGGGACGUCAAAAAACUCAUAGCCCAGAAGCCCUUCUUCAAAGCGGACAUUCAGAAACACGAACUCGGCAAUCCGUACGGUAUGGAGCUCUUAAAGAGCCUGAAGCCGCAAUGGUGGUUAUCUGCACAUCUCCACGUUCGAUUCGCCGCAGAGGUCGACCACACGGGCGCUGGUGUGACUGGAUGGGCUACACCCUCCAAACUUGGCCACUCUUCAAAAUCCGCCGGGCAGGGACGUCGGCAGCUCAACAAUGACGAGAUCAUAAUGGACGAGGAUGAUCAAGGAAUGGAACAAGGGACAUCAGCGCAAACCAAGUCAACAAAUACAGAUGAGAUUGUCAUGGAUGAUGAAGAUGAGCCCACGCCUGUUGGUCCUGCAGAUGAACCUUCUUCAACAAGUGAUUUGAAGCAGCCUGCUGUCUCACCAUCUUCGCCAAACGCCCUCACCACGACCAAAUUCCUAGCUCUUGAUAAAUGUGUGCCAAAGCGGAAGUUUCUCGAGAUCAUCGACGUCCCGACACCAGAUUCCUCCUCAUCCGAUACACCCCCCAAACUUACAUUUGAUUCAGAAUGGCUAGCGAUAAGCCGAGCCAUGCAUCCACUUCUUUCCCUAGACCGCCGCUCUGCGGUUCAGCCUCGAUUGAGCCUUGCAAAAGGUUGGGUCGAGCGUGAACUGGAAUGGGUUCAGGAUAUGCUCUCUCAACGGCUCAAGUUGACGCAUUCUGACAACGGUUCCCCGUCUGCAUCAGCUGCUGUUCCGUCGUCAUUGUCUCCAGCCUCAAGAGGGCCGCUGCACUUGGAAAUUAUGAGUGUUCAGCAGUUUGUGAUGACCGCGCCUGGGCCAGGAAAGGACGUCAACCCUCGACAGCAACCACAAUGGUAUACGAAUCCACAGACAGAGGCUUUUUGCACGUUGAUUGGCGUGGACAACAAGGUCAACCCACCGCCCACGGCCUCGAAUAAUAGACGAUGA